AUGUCGCUACAACAUGCUCCCGUGACAAAAGGGCUCAUGAUCGCCGGUGGACUUGCGAGCCUCAUGGUCGCGAUCUUUGAUGUCAAACAUCACUUCCAUCUUCAGCUUGUUCCUCAUCUGGCUCGCGACCAUCAAUACUGGAGGCUACUGACCCAUCAUCUCAUCUAUGCGAACUCCAGCGAACUCUUCAUCUGGGAACUGCUACUGUAUAACCUCGGUGUGAGCGUCGAACGAAGUUUUGGCAGCGCAAAAUAUGCCUCCUAUCUCUGGAUCUCGAUGUUGGUCUCCACCAUUCUCGAGUUCACAACAGUGCUCGUCUUUCACAGAAGCUCAGGCUUCAACCGCUUCCCACCCGGUCCGACAGCCUUAAUCUUCAGCAUCGCGUGGCAGUACUACCGUCUGGUUCCCUCGAUCUAUAGAUUCUCUCUCUUUGGCGUCAUCCUGACAGACAGGAUCUUCCCGUCUCUCCUCGCGUUGCAACUGGCGAUCAGCCAACCAUGGUCUAGCACCAUACUCGCUCUCAUCGGUCUCUUAACCGGCGCGAUCUACCGUUCGGACGUCGUGAGCCUCAAACGCUUCAGACUUCCGCCUAUUCUCCUGCGCCUCUCGUCAAAAUACCUCCUACCGCUCAUAGGUGACAUGCGCCCCCCACAACGCCACGGCCGCGCCCUACCAGAUGAGCCUACCCGGAUAGCAGCAGCUUCGGAAGCUGAGCCAGAGCCAAUCACCACAGCCCGCCGUUCUCGGCCAUCCGCAUCAACCUCUCCAGAAGUCACCAGUGCAGUUUCAGCUUCGACUCCCGAAGCGGCCGCUGGGUCUGGCAGAUCCGUGAUGCGUGAAUGGGUGAACGAGUUGACCGGUCGAACCGAGAGGGCUUCGACGGGGAUUCGGGUACCACCCGAGGCCGAGAUCAGCCAGGUGAUGAGUAUGUUCCCGAACGUGCAGAGGGAUGUCGUUGUGGGAGCUCUACAGAGAAGCUCGGAUACCCAGGGCGCCGUCGAGACUUUGCUUCACGCGGCUUGA